UCCCCGAAGGUAGGCGGUCAUGGAUUCCUGGAAGCAGAGACUCGAGAGGAGGGCUCUGGUGAUAGCCAACGGCGACAAAGAGAAGCUGGCGAAGCUGCGGGAGAUCAUCUCCAGGUUCUCGACGGAGAGCAAUCUGAAGAAGGCGGCGGGGUGUGCCUACCGGAGGCUCACCGAGGCGGAGGACUGGCGCCUCACUCCGUCAGGCGAGCCGGUGAGGGCGCUCCGGAUGCUGCUGUGGGUGAUGGAGGAGGCGGAAUCAGACGAUCCGAUGCAGGCCAUGAAGUGGAUUGCGUUUCGUUCGUGUCGCACCGUCCCUGCGGAUCCACCUGGAUUCGUGGUCGGCGUGGUGAUGGGUCUCCCCGCCCCAGCUCCGGUGGCGUCCAGGGCUGCAGUGGUGGAGAGGCGGCCAGAUCUGGGGCGCGCCGAGGGCAGGAGGGGGAUGAAGCUUGGGACGAAGAAGAAGAUCUAGAAGAAGAUGUCGUUGAUUCUGAGGAGGUCACCGCGCUUCCCUCGCCGUUCCCCACGCCUGCUCGGUCUCGCUCGCUCCCAGGGACGAGAGUAGGAGCCUCGCCGGUGGGCGGCCGCUUCUGGUUGCUCGCCGGUGAGGUUUCCGACGAGGAGACUGGGCUCCCGUUGGAUCUGCAAGAAAAAGGGCCCAGGGGAAAGAAUGCUGACUUUGGGGGCAAGACUCAUCGAGCAGGUGGCAAGUGAGAUCUUCAAAGCUUCGCAAGGAUGGCGCUUCGGGGUUCCGCGGCUGAAGGAUUAGGGAAGCCGCGACAUUUCAAGAGCUUGCUGCUGCUUUGCUUUAUAUUUGUCUUCUCCUUCGUUUAGCCUUUUGUGAUGGAAACUUGUUAUGAUCUGGAUAUCCCGGGGGUGGGGGGUUGUGUCCCUGGCCACUCCCUGCGUGGGUUUCGCUUUUACUCUAUGUUCCGCUUCUUACUAUAAGACUUCUAGACUGCUCGUGGCUUCGGCCUGGUUUCUAUAAUGGAAAUCGGAGGGGAAACCCUCUUUUGCU